UAUGUGGGAUCACACAUGUGGGAUCUUUGGAACAGAGUCCUUCAAGAAUUUAAUGCUAAUGUGAUAAUGAACCCUCCUAAGGAACAUGUUUGCAAUUGCCUGUUGGACACAGCUGAUAACGGUAUCCGUGCAUCCGUGAAAUGGGUUGCUGAGCACUACAAGUCUGGUACUCCCAUAACCCUUCUGAACCGACCAAUCCCUAAGCUCACUGAUGCUGACACUUGGCAGGUCUGGAAGGAGCGUCUGCUGCACUACUACAACACCGAAUCCCUCCACGAUGCUGCUAAGUACAUCUACUGCGCUACGAAAGAUUUCUAAAUAUCUCAUCGCAAUUUUAAGAAAUUUUAAUUACAUGUAAAACUACUUUUAGUCUACUGCACAAUUCUGAGAAGUUUUGAUCAUCGAAUUAAUUGUUAUGUGAAAUAGCGAAAAAUUUCAAAUAAAAAUAAAAAUUGAAAAUGCAAAUGCGCUAAUUUGUUCCUUUGUUUAACCAAAAGGUAAAUAUGUUUGAUAAUACGCAGAUGGGCCAAGGUCAGUAGUUAUACAAAAAGAGACAUUAGAUAAAUAUCCAAUCUUCAAAAGUUAUACAGAAGUAAAAAUCUUCUAAAGAGCAUU